CCACAGUACUGCUGAUUCAUUGGAUCUAUUACAGUACAGCACCAUUUCUUUAAUAUCAAUCAAUAAUCCUUGUGAACUCUCGUUCACACUAGUCUAUCAAAAAUAAACAACGCAGAAAUUUAUGAGUGCGUUAAAUCCACAGGACGGCUCCUAUUUUUCAUAGAAGUCGUCUUCACAAAAUUGAUAACCUGGUUCUUACAAAAUGAAUAUUUUCAACAUGUAUGCGGAUUAUCUCCUGAGGCUGGCCACGGAUAAUGCACAUAUCUUAACGCAACGAACUAAGAGGCUCGCAUUCAUCUUGAUUCUACUAUGUCUAUUGAUUUUUACCGUAUUCAGCGGAUUAUAUCUCUACGUUCCCACAGAAGCACAAAAGCGUAUACCGCAGUAUGUCACAACCUCAAACUUCACUGCCCAAGCCAUCACUUGCGGAUAUCCUGCUAGUGGCCAAUACGGGACAUCUAGCACAUCCGUAUACGUCAUUAUGCUUACUACAGCAUUCUUUGUACGUCGAGUACGUUGGUUAUCUACUGCCAUGGCAGCCUCUGCCAUGACAUAUGCUGGAGUUGCUUCCAUCCACCUCAUGGUUCUUUUCUCGGUCAACAAUCGGGUGGCUAAGGACAAACAACCAUAUGAUUGUACACAGGUCAGCAUCGGCAGCGGUAAUGAAACGAUCUCGAUCUGCGCCGGAAACUUUGAUCCAGACUAUAUCAUUGCCGGCUCGCUUGUGGGCGAGGGCUUGCUAGCCAUUCUACCAGCUGCAACGUGGUCCCAAACCUUCAAGAGCGCAGAAGGAGCCCCUAUUCUCGUGCUUUGGACAGCUUUGCUUGCGACCGGGCACAUAUUCUUCAACAUAAUCACCCCGAACGCGUUUAUAAACUACCAGAUCUGCCCCAUCGGCUCGAAAGAGCCCCUCCCCCGCUCAAACUACGAAGCAGGUCCCGAAGAUGCAGCUUGGCAUGAAAAACUCGACGCCAUCCUGCGCAAUGAUCCCUUAGGCGGUACGGGUUGCAUAUACUCGUGUUUUUCCCCAGAGAGAGCAUAUCUCGGGAGACAAUCACAAGAGAUUGGAGUAUUUGAAGCAUCUUUGAGCAACAGAUACACUAGUUCCGCAAGAAGAGGAACGGGCAUUACCUUCUGGCUGCUUUACGCGAUCUUGUCUUUUGCGGUCGUGAUACUUCGACAUAAACCAUGUAGACAUGAUAUCUGGAAUCAAGUGAAACAGGAAUGGCGCGAACUUCUGAGACUGCGUAGACCCUUACGCCUCGAUGCAUGCACAAGGUGCAAGGUCGAGAUGGUGAUCCAGGCGCUAGGUGUGUGCUCAUAUCUCGGAUACGUCGGGCUAUGUUUUGAAGAAUUCGCCCACAUUCCCAAUGCGGAACCUUUUAGCGCAGUUGGGCAAUGGGGCGUGUCGGCCACUGUUUUCAUUGUCCUUAUCGCUGCUGGAGUCAGUAGACUCGCAAAACUUUUGGGAGAAUCUAUACGCGAAGGUAGCCCUAGUGCUACAACUCCGCCAGUCGGUGGACAAGCCAUCACAUCCACUGUACAGCAAGGGCAUAUAGCUUCGUCGAGGAGUACAGAUGACACGCCUCUGAUGGAUGUUCCAAGUAGACAGGUAUCACGGACUGAUGCCCGAGAGGAAAGAACUCGCACGGGCAACUAGCACGGUAUUAUGAGCAUUCGAUUUAUUGAAAUAAAAAACUGUGAUGUAUUCUCGUUAGCUACUACAGUGACAAUCAGGUUGAUAUCUUUUGUUAGCAUAAAACAGAUUGAUACAUGUUAUAUG